UAGACUUGCAGGCGUGGAGGAAAAGAGGCCCGGGAGCUGGGGGAGGAGACUGAGCAGGGAGAGGUAAUCCCCGGCGCUUUGAGCAUCCCCCUUUUUAGAAGGACUGAGUCUCUCCCCGAACAGCUGCUGCGGUUACACCACAAACUUAAAAAGCCGCCUUCCUGCUCGGGGCGCUGCCUUUCCGCACCCACCCUCGCCCCGCCAAGGCUCCAGCUGGUGCCUCGCUCGCUCCCCGCCCGCGCGUCCCAGCCCCGGCGCUCAGGGGUCCGGAGCGCCCCCUGCCUUCCCGCCCGGCCUCUGCGGCCGCGGCCUCCGCGCUCUGCCAGGGAGGGCCGCCCGGCGGCUCCCCGGCUCCGCCAGGGCUCUGCGGCUCACAGCAAACUCGCGUCGGGUGCCCCCGGGUCAGGGAUCGCCCACCCUCGUCCCCGGCAGCCCCGUUCCUCUGGCUCACACCGCAUCCCGGAAAGAGAGAAGACGGAGCGCAGAGCACACACCAGAUACAUUAACAUCAUUUGAAAGAGGAUAUUAUUUUCAUCAUGAAUGCUAAUAAAGAUGAGAGACCCAAGACCCAAUGUCAAGAAUUUCACAUUUUACAUGGUUUAAUGAUGCUAAGCAUGACCAUGCUGUUUCUUCCUGUCACUGGAACAUCUAAGCAAAAUAUUCCACGGCUCAAGUUAUCGUACAAAGACUUGCUGCUUUCAAAUAGCUGUAUUCCGUUUUUGGGUUCACCAGAAGGACUGGAUUUCCAAACUCUUCUAUUAGAUGAGGAGAGGGGCAGGCUUCUUCUAGGAGCCAAGGACCACAUCUUUCUGCUCAGUCUGGUUGACAUAAACAAAAAUUUUAAAAAGAUUUAUUGGCCUGCUACUAAAGAACGAGUGGAAUUAUGCAAAUUAGCUGGGAAAGAUGCCAAUACAGAAUGUGCAAAUUUCAUCCGGGUACUUCAACCCUAUAACAGGACUCACAUUUAUGUGUGUGGAACUGGAGCAUUUCAUCCCAUGUGUGGAUAUAUCGAUGUUGGAGUCUACAAGGAGGAUCUCAUAUUCAAACUAGACAUACAUAACUUGGAGUCUGGAAGACUGAAAUGUCCUUUUGAUCCACAGCAGCCUUUUGCUUCAGUAAUGGCAGAUGAGUACCUCUACUCUGGAACAGCCUCUGAUUUCCUUGGCAAAGACACUGCAUUCACUCGGUCCCUAGGGCCCACUCACGACCACCAUUACAUCAGAACGGAUAUCUCAGAGCACUACUGGCUCAAUGGAGCAAAAUUUAUUGGAACUUUCCCUAUACCAGAUACCUAUAAUCCAGAUGAUGACAAAAUAUAUUUCUUCUUUCGUGAAUCAUAUCAAGAAGGCAGUACUUCUGAUAAGACGAUCCUUUCUCGAGUUGGAAGAGUUUGUAAGAAUGAUGUAGGAGGACAACGCAGCCUGAUAAACAAAUGGACAACUUUCCUGAAGGCUAGAUUGGUAUGCUCAAUUCCUGGAAGAGAUGGGGCAGAUACUCAUUUUGAUGAGCUUCAAGACAUCUAUUUACUCCCCACGCGAGAUGAAAGAAAUCCUGUUGUGUAUGGAGUUUUUACCACUACCAGUUCUAUCUUCAAAGGAUCUGCCGUGUGUGUAUUUAACAUGGCUGAUAUCAGAGCUGUUUUUAAUGGUCCAUAUGCGCAUAAAGAGAGUGUGGAACAUCGCUGGGUGCAGUUUGACGGAAGGAUUCCAUAUCCUCGGCCUGGCACCUGUCCAAGCAAGACUUAUGACCCCCUGAUUAAGUCUACCCGAGACUUUCCAGAUGAUGUUAUCAGUUUCAUAAAGCGGCACCCGGUGAUGUAUAAGGCAGUCUACCCAGUAGCAGGAGCACCAACAUUCAAGCGCAUAAAUGUAGACUACAGACUAACGCAGAUAGUGGUGGAUCAUGUCAUCGCAGAAGACGGCCAGUACGAUGUAAUGUUUCUUGGAACUGAUAUUGGAACAGUCCUAAAAGUUGUUAGCAUUUCAAAGGAGAAGUGGAAUAUGGAAGAGGUGGUACUAGAAGAGUUGCAGGUAUUCAAGCACCCAACAACCAUCUUGAACAUGGAGUUAUCUCUAAAACAGCAACAAUUAUACAUUGGUUCCCGAGAUGGAUUGGCUCAGCUCUCCUUGCACAGAUGUGACACUUAUGGGAAAGCGUGUGCAGACUGCUGUCUGGCCAGAGAUCCCUACUGUGCCUGGGAUGGAAAUGCAUGCUCUCGGUACGCGCCCACCUCCAAACGGCGAGCUAGACGCCAAGAUGUAAAGUAUGGGGACCCAAUCACCCAGUGCUGGGAUAUAGAAGACAGCAUUAGUCAUGAAACUGCUGAUGAAAAGGUGAUUUUUGGCAUUGAAUUUAAUUCAACCUUUCUGGAAUGUAUACCCAAAUCCCAGCAAGCAUCAAUUAAGUGGUAUAUCCAGAGGUUGGGAGAUGAGCAUCGAGAGGAGUUGAAACCCGAUGAAAGGAUCAUCAAAACCGAAUAUGGGCUACUGAUUCGAAGUCUGCAGAAGAAGGACUCUGGGAUGUAUUACUGCAAAGCACAGGAGCACACUUUCAUCCACACCGUAGUGAAGCUGACUUUGAAUGUCAUAGAGAAUGAGCAGAUGGAAAAUACCCAGAGGGUAGAGCAUGAGGAGGGGCAGGUCAAGGAUCUAUUGGCUGAGUCACGGUUGAGAUACAAAGACUAUAUCCAAAUCCUUAGCAGCCCAAACUUCAGCCUGGACCAGUACUGUGAACAGAUGUGGCACAGAGAAAAGCGGAGACAGAGAAACAAGGGCGGCCCAAAGUGGAAGCACAUGCAGGAAAUGAAGAAGAAACGAAAUAGAAGACAUCACAGAGACCUGGAUGAGCAUCUCUGAGCUGCAUCUACAUAGUUUUCUAUUUAAUUUUUUUCAAAGAAUCAUUUACCUGCAAACAUAUUACAGUCUUCUCUUUUGUACAUUUCUCUUACUAACUCAUAAAUAUUUUCCAUGGAGUUUUUCUAAGGAACAAAAACAAUAACCUGAAUAGGACUGAAUAGCACUCUAUAUGGCAAAUACGGGAUAGUAGGGGCAAGAAAUUCCACCUGAACCAGUUAUUCCAAGAAUGGAAACUCUAAGAAUUAUCUGCAAAAUAGCAGCUUUACAUGGGUAAAUGGUUUAUGUUUUGAAUUUAUUUUAUCAUGUAAAUAUUUAAGCUAAGCAAGCCUCAAAUUUUUAUAUGGCAUUAAGCAUGGGCUCACCAUGCUCUUGUGCUGUAUUCUUAGGAAUUGAUAAAUCAUUCCAUAUCAGAACUGGUUGUCUUAUGGUAGGAAAUAGAGAGAAGACACACAUUCAAACAGCUCUGAGUAUUAACAGGAACUCUCUCAAUGAGUCAUUUUCUUUUGGAAAUAGGUGUGGAGAUUUGUAGAGGUACAUUAUUUCUUUCAGCCCACAAGGGUUACAUUCAGUGUACUGCAACAUUGAUUUACUGAAGGGCAUUAAUUCCCCUCACAGGAUUCCUUAUGAUUUGUAAGGAGGAACAAGUUCACAGACAGAAAUUGGUGCUUGGUUAUAUAUUUCUAGAAUACAUGCUAAGCUCCACAGGGAGAGGAUGCUUGAUACCUAUUCUAAUGAGAUAUGAGAAAAUGUUUUAAUAACGUAAAAGAAACAUCAUGAUGUGUACUGCAUUCGAAUGGUAACAUGCAGAUGGGAUUUGUUAGGGAACUGAAGGAGAGACAGCCAUAAAUUCUGGCUUUGGGAAUAACUCAGAUCCCCAUGAAAAGGAAGAAGAAUCACAAAUAAAGUGGACAAAAUGUAAUGGAGCCCUUUUCACUGGAGAAUAAGUAGCUGCCAAUGUGUAACUCAUCUAUUUUUUAAAGUCAAAAUUAUUAUAAACUGCCAGCAAAAGUCUGAGGAAAAGUAAAAUUUCUAAAGGACCAUGGGAAAGAUGAACAUAGUUUAUUUAUAACCAAUGGUAUUUCAAUAUGUAUUGCUUCUAGUUGUCUUCCUAAAUAAUUGACAUACUUUACAUAGUUUCUAUUUACGUCCUUAUUCUCUCUUGCAUAUUGCAUUAUUGGAUUAUCUUUGAAAAUGAUAUAUAAUACAGAGAUAAUUAAGUAGAUUACAAGCAUUGGAGCUAUUUGUUGAAUAAACAAUUAAAUGUAAAAAUUUGACAACGGAAAGGGUUAAAUUAACUCUUUGACAUAUUUUACUUCAGUCAACCUUUUUGAUUUUCUGAGAUAUGUUGUGAUUCAAGUAGCAAUGUUUUAGUAACUUAACAAUACCCACCACAACUCCAAGCUUUAGCAUAAACACCUCCAUAUUAUAUUUGCCUGUUUGAAUGUUUCCAAUUCAAUUUCUUUGAAUCUACAUAGCAUAUUUCCUUCUGUAUGAGUAGGACUCACCUUUCCUUCUUAGAGCACACAACCCUUAGCCUUUUUCUGUUUUGCCUUUUUCACGCCCUUUAAAGUGUGAAAUGAAAAAUUAGUCACUUCCUCAUACGGAAGGCGGCUUUUCAGAAAACUAAAUAACAGACUUUGCUCAUUUCUCAUGCAUUCUGAAUACUCUGAAAAGAAAGUCUGUGAGAAACCAAAGUGCUUAGAAGGCAACUUAUUACUGAGUCUGUGACAGUCUCUGUGUUCAGAACGUUAUCUUACCUUUAUUUUAUGUGCAUUGCUUCCUAUUUUCAAAGAAGUCACACAUACAUAUGAGGUUAAGUACCCUCUUUCAUACUGUACUCAUGAAUAUUUGGAGAUAUCUUACUGGUAAAGAAAAUUUAAGGAACUAAUUUAGUAAAAGCAAACUAUAAUAAAUCACUCUUUUAGAAAGAACUGCAUACAAUUAAUAGAUGUGACACCUUGUACACCUUGUACAUUUAACUGAUGCACAUUCAAAAUAAAUGAGGAAGAUACAACACCCCUCCCACAUCUGAAGGGUUUUAGAAUGUUUGUAAUUAUUGAUUUGCUAUUAAUUUAUAGUGAACUCAGAGCAAGGUGGAACUGGAGCCAUGCAUUAUUUUUAAAGGAUUUAAAACUAUUUGUAAUAUACCGGACAUUACAUUUGUAAUGUUAUUAACAUUCAAAUAUGGAUGGUUUUUGGAAAAUUACAAAAAGCUGAAAUAUUAAGACUGACUUGUAAAAAAUAAUUUUCACCCAAGUCUGAAUGUCCAAACUACUUCCCUGUUUCUUUUUAAAAUAUUUACUUCAAACAACAAUUGGGAACCCAAUUUCAUGGCUUACAUAUAAAAUUCUUGUUGCUUUGGAUACAAAAUGUUGAAUUCAUCAGAACUAAAAGAAAAGAGAGGUAUUUUAUUAAAAUUAAAUCCCAUAUGAAAAUAAUAAAAACAUACAUUUUAAACAUAGAGGAUACUUAAAGCUCAUUUAGUUAUUUUAACCUUUCAGUAGUCCAGGAUACUUAGAGGAAUAGGGUGAAUAUAUUGUUUACAAACACAAUAUAAGCUUCCACAUCAAAAAAGACUUUAUGAAGUUUUUCUUGAGAUAAUGAGAAAAGUAAAUUAGAGUUCAGUUUCAAGUAUGCAAAGAAAUGAACACUAUGGCAAAAGUCUAUUUAAUUAAUAUUUUCUGAUCUUUCUCUGUGCGUUUGAUACCUAUGUCUUUGACUUCCUUCCCUGUUUCUUUCUGCAUUUCAUUCCAGCUAUUUAUGCUGCUAAGUGAAAUACGGCUUGACUGCAUUCAUUUACAUUUAAUUUAUUGGGAAUUUUAAGUAUGUUUAGAAAUGAAGUCUAAUAAUUUAUGUACACCCUUUUUUGCUUUCCCAAAACACUCAAAACACUGCAUUCUCUUGAUUGAGUAAACAUUUUAGAAAAACAUUCAAAUUAUUUAAGAAAUUCAAAAUAGUCAUAAAAAAGUUAGCAAUUGGCAGAAGCCACAACAGUGGUAGAAUGCAUAAUGUUAUCAUUGAAUUGUCUGAAAUAAUGCUCACUUAAUAUACUGGCUACAGAGUGGUCUAAUUUUGAAUUUUCCUUCAUCUGUAUUUUGAUUCUUCAUGUGCUGUUAUAUUUUAUUCUUUUUUAGUUGUAUGGACUUAAAUAAAAUGUAAUUUUCAAUGCCUCUUUCUAAAAGAUAAUGAUGAUUCAAUGUUUAAGGAGACCUUGGUAUUCUGUUAUCUACAAAAUAACAAAGUUAAGUGAUAACUUUCAUUAAACACUGGUUAUCUUAAACCUCAUAUGUGAUGUACUCCAUAUAUAUAUGUAUAUAUAUAUAUAUAUACAUAUAUAUAUAUCUAAGACAAAUGAAAAUCAAAACUGAAAAUACCAUCUCUGUUACAUCUCUCUAAGAAAACAUGAUUUAAUUGGUUAGCCUUAUUUGGGAAUAGUUUAAGAUAGUAAUGUAUUUGAAAGUUUUGUAAAAAGAUACUUACUUUUCAUAACAAAUGUUCACAAUAUAUAAAUAAUUCAGUUUACACAUGAGGCUAAAAU